CACGGGGCGGCGGAGAGCUACCUCCCGCCUGGGGGGCAGGAACACCGUAGCUGCCCCGUGCCCAAGCCCAAGUGGCACAGGCAUGGAUGGGAAGAAAUGCAGUGUGUGGAUGUUUCUACCUCUGGUCUUUACUUUGUUUACUUCAGCUGGGCUGUGGAUAGUGUACUUUAUAGCUGUGGAAGAUGACAAAAUUUUACCAUUAAAUUCAGCUGAAAGGAAGCCUGGUGUGAAGCAUCCUCCGUACAUAAGUAUUGCAGGUGAUGACCCUCCUGCUAGCUGUGUGUUCAGUCAAGUCAUGAACAUGGCGGCCUUCCUAGCCCUUGUGGUGGCUGUUCUACGCUUCAUACAACUGAAACCAAAGGUUUUAAACCCGUGGCUGAAUAUUAGUGGAUUGGUGGCACUGUGUCUGGCUUCCUUUGGAAUGACCUUACUUGGUAAUUUUCAGCUCACGAAUGAUGAAGAAAUCCAUAAUGUGGGAACCUCCUUGACCUUUGGGUUUGGCACAUUGACCUGCUGGAUCCAGGCUGCACUGACACUCAAAGUCAACAUCAAGAAUGAAGGACGGAAAGCUGGGAUUCCACGAGUUAUCCUCUCAGCAUCUAUCACUCUCUGUGUAGUCCUCUACUUCAUCCUCAUGGCCCAGGAUAUCCACAUGUAUGCCGCCAGGGUCCAGUGGGGCCUGGUCAUGUGCUUCCUGUCUUACUUUGGCACCUUUGCUGUGGAGUUCCGGCACUACCGCUAUGAGAUUGUAUGUUCUGAGUACCAGGAGAAUUUCCUCAGUUUCUCGGAAAGUCUCUCGGAAGCUUCUGAAUAUCAAACCGACCAGGUGUAAUUCAUCAAUUUUUCCUUACAAGUGUGGUGGGUGUGACAAUGGGAAAGGACCCAGGACACACACAGAGGACUUGACACAUAACUUCAUCACACACACACACACACACACACACUCAUGGCCACAUCUGCCAAGAGCUUUUCAGGGCGUGUUCUUUCUUUGAAAAGCACAAGCCCUAAUGUGUCCAAAUACACGCUGUUACACUGAAGAUACAUGCACGACAGAGACAGGAGCUUGUGCAUGAACAUGUCUCUGCCUUGCCCUUCCCAGUAUGCCUUGCUCUUCCCAUCCUCUCCAUGUUUUUACACAUGACCAUCUCCCUGCCACAGAGUAGGGCAGGCCAGAUGAGAAUCAUGCCAACUCCCUAAGUUGCCUUCAGGUCCAAAGACCUUGGAAUUUAACUGGUGAGGAAGUUGAGUGCAUCCAGCACUGAUAUUCUUGAAUGCAGAAUCAAGUACCAUCUGAUUGGAUGGAUGCUGGAAGGAGCCAUGACGCAGUAUGGCCUAUGAAAAGGAAUGGGUGGAACUUUCCAUGAGGCUCCAUGCAUCUCCAUUCAGUGGUGGCUAUGUGCAUCCAAAGGCAAGAACUUGCUUCGAAGCCAGCGAGGGAAGCCCGUCACCACGAUGUGGACUCCAGUCACUGUGCCUGAGAAAGCGCUCUGCAAAUGAAUAUUCACAGGGACAGGUCGGCCAGGCAUGGUACCAAGAAGGAGCAGGGAGAGCGUGGCUUUGUUUCAGCUUCCACAGUAUGUCAUGUACAGUUUUUGUUUUAUGUUUGAAAGUUUACCUUUUUUUUUUUAAGUUACAAUCACAUCUCUCUAGCCCUCAUGGACAAAGAUAUUGUAGACCAAAGGCAAGAUACGCUUUGUUUGGGGCUCAAAUUUGAAAAAGAACAAGGAGGGGAGGGAGUUGUGUUUGAAGCUUUUUUUAAAAACAAAAGAGAAGCACAGAGACAUAGAAAGAAAUCUGCACUUGUAGCUGUUCUGGCUGGGUACUUAGUUAACAAGCAUCUUGCUACAUGUCUGAUCAGGGGAGACUUUUAAAAUAUGCAUGUAUUGCUCAAAUUUGGAAUCUAUAGAAACCAAUGAAAGAUUCGUCUCCUCCAAGCCACAUUUACGUAACUGGUCCCCUACAACCCAACAUGUGGCUCUCACGUGUUUGGAGUUCAGAAAUGAAGCUGCAGGUGUGGGGCUUUGAGGCUGUGUGUCACAAAGCAAAGCAUUCCAAGGCCACCUGCAUCCGGUAGGCCCAGUGAACAAGAGCCCCCACCCUUUCCCCUAAGUGUACCAUCUCAAGAAAUCCUCAAAUUUUAUUCCUUAGGGGCAUGAGAUAAUAGUUGACUAUAAUGUGAAAAAAAAUUAAUUCAACCCAAAGUUUGAGCUUCCAAAGGAAAUGUGUAUAUUUUUUUCACAUAUUUAUCUCCACCUCCUAGCCGUGCCUGGUACUGGUACAUAUUAGGUGCUCAAUGAAAGUGUUGAGUAGAAUUCCUGAUCGUUUAUGAGUGAGGAAAAGGAAUGCCAGAGACUCAAAGAUCUGCAUCAGAGAACAGAGAUGGCUGGUCCUGUGGAAUGAGUGGAGGAAGGAAUGAGACUCCCUAAAUGGUAUAAAAUGGGAGGUUCAAAAUCCAGCGGAGUAUUCUCCUGUUUAACAACACAUCUCGCUGUAAAUAGACCAAGGUGGCAUUUAUUAGUUUUGAAUACUGCUUUUCUGUUUCUUUUUCCAUUUUUAACUUUUAAAGAUUUUAUCAGACAAAGAUUUAUGAAGUUUUAUUUUCCUCUAUACAAUCCCAAUUAAACAGCUUUUGGUGAUGCACUUGUACACUUUCUUAUGAAUGUCUCUAAUAGCACAGUUUAGCUGAAUCAAACAAUGACUAGCAUUAUUCAUUGGGAUCU